UGGACCUCUCUCCCUCUUCAAUCUCUCUUUUCCUUGCAGAUCAGUCUCUCCCCUUGUCUGUGUCUCCGCAUAGGCAAUCAGAGCUCUUACUCACAAACCCAACUCUCCCUCUUGCACUGAUUUUGUAAUGAAUUUUCUUCCUGAAUGUAGGUCGUUUACAACAGUAAGCACCAGUUUCCUCCAAAUCCAGCGUUGUUGUUGCUUUUUUUAUUUUUUGUGGUCGUUGCAUUCCUUUGGACAAGAAAAUCGCGUUGGAUUCCAAAAAACAGAGGGGAGCCUUGUUUGAAUAAUUCCUGUUUGAAUUCCAGUCAGGAUUCCCUGGAAGAAUUUGGCUGAGUAAAAAAGGGACCUCCGUGCAGCUGCAGCUUUCGCACUGUUAAGGGGAAAAAUUGUGUGGCAACUAAAAUGACGACAUGCUGCCUCCCACGGAGAGAUUCUGAAGCAUUCUCAAAAACACGAUUCAGUGGCUAAUUGAUCUAGCUGGAAUCUAUUGGAAGGAAUCAUUGUGCCAAUGAAGCAGAGUGACUGCUGACCACAUUCUCCUUCUCGGCCUGCUGGGAAGUACCACCAGGAUUAAACCAGCAUUGGAGCCUGGGGAUGGGCCUUAGGGACGAGGACUCCCUUGGUUGUCCUAACGUUGGAAUCUGUCUAUGGUCAAUCAUCUGAGGCACCAACCACACUCAUCCUUAGGUUUUUCACUACCUGAAAAUAUUACGUGUUGCCUUUCACUUCAUCUCCCUUUGUCUCCCUGGCUGCGGAAGACAGAGCCCUGCUGAUGUUGAUAUAAACAAUGUCAAGGCCAAUGGGACUCCUAUGGCUGCCUUUGAUCUUCACCCCAGUCUGUGUCAUGUUGAAUUCUAACUUCCUUUUGUGGAUAACUGCACUAGCUAUAAGAUUUACCCUCAUUGAUGGCCAAGCACAAUACCCUGUUGUUACCACAAAUUAUGGCAAAAUACGUGGCCUAAGAACACCUUUGCCCAAUGAGAUCCUCGGCCCGGUGGAGCAGUACCUGGGAGUUCCUUAUGCCUCCCCUCCAACUGGGGAGAGGCGAUUCCAGCCCCCAGAACCUCCCUCCUCAUGGACUGGCGUUCGGAAUGCCACACAGUUUGCUGCUGUCUGCCCUCAGUACCUGGAUGAGAGGUCACUGCUCAACGACAUGCUGCCGGUCUGGUUUACUGCCAAUUUGGAUACCGUUGUGACAUACGUGCAAGAUCAAAAUGAAGAUUGCCUUUAUUUGAAUAUCUAUGUGCCCACUGAGGAUGGAGCCAACACAAAGAAAAGCGCAGAUGAUAUAACCAAUAAUGAUCGUGGUGAAGAUCAAGACAUUCAUGAUCAGAACAACAAGAAACCCGUUAUGGUCUACAUCCAUGGGGGAUCUUACAUGGAGGGUACUGGCAACAUGAUUGAUGGGAGCAUUCUAGCAAGCUAUGGAAAUGUCAUUGUUGUAACCCUCAACUACAGGCUGGGGGUUUUAGGUUUUCUAAGUACUGGAGACCAAGCUGCAAAAGGCAAUUAUGGAUUACUUGACCAAAUCCAAGCUUUACGAUGGAUUGAAGAAAAUAUUGGAUCCUUUGGAGGAGACCCAAAAAGAGUUACUAUUUUUGGAUCUGGAGCAGGAGCAUCCUGUGUUAGUCUGCUAACACUAUCUCAUUAUUCAGAAGGUUUGUUCCAAAAGGCAAUCAUACAGAGUGGAACAGCCCUGUCCAGCUGGGCAGUGAACUACCAGCCUGCCAAAUACACUCGGAUAUUGGCAGAUAAAGUGGGCUGCGACAUGCUGGAUACCACUGACUUAGUUGAAUGCCUUCGGAAUAAGAACUACAAAGAACUCAUUCAGCAGACCAUCACUCCAGCCACGUACCACAUUGCCUUUGGGCCUGUGAUUGAUGGGGAUGUGAUUCCAGAUGACCCUCAGAUUCUAAUGGAGCAGGGAGAGUUCCUUAACUAUGACAUAAUGCUAGGUGUGAACCAAGGGGAAGGCUUAAAAUUUGUGGAUGGCAUUGUGGACAACGAAGAUGGGGUUUCCCCAAAUGACUUUGACUUUUCCGUCUCCAAUUUUGUGGACAAUCUAUAUGGCUAUCCAGAAGGGAAGGAUACACUCCGGGAGACCAUUAAAUUCAUGUACACUGACUGGGCAGAUAAGGAAAACCCUGAAACACGAAGGAAGACCCUGGUAGCUUUGUUUACUGACCACCAGUGGGUUGCCCCAGCUGUUGCUACAGCUGACCUGCAUGCCCAGUAUGGCUCUCCAACAUAUUUCUAUGCAUUUUAUCACCACUGCCAAAGUGAAAUGAAACCAAGCUGGGCUGAUUCAGCGCAUGGUGAUGAAGUUCCUUAUGUAUUUGGCAUUCCCAUGAUUGGUCCCACUGAAUUGUUCAACUGCAACUUCUCCAAAAAUGACGUCAUGCUCAGUGCAGUAGUUAUGACAUACUGGACAAAUUUCGCCAAAACUGGAGAUCCAAACCAGCCUGUUCCACAGGACACAAAGUUCAUCCAUACAAAACCCAACCGUUUUGAAGAAGUGGCCUGGUCUAAGUAUAACCCUAAAGACCAGCUCUAUCUGCACAUUGGUCUGAAACCCCGAGUUCGGGAUCACUAUCGAGCAACAAAAGUCGCCUUCUGGUUGGAACUUGUACCACACUUGCACAACUUAAAUGAAAUAUUUCAGUAUGUUUCCACAACAACUAAGGUGCCGCCUCCUGAUAUGACCUCAUUUCCUUAUGUCACAAGACGUUCUCCUGGAAAGUUGUGGCCAGCGACCAAACGCCCAGCAAUGACACCAGCCAACAAUCCUAAACAUUCAAAGGACACCCACAAAACAGCCCCAGAGGAUACAACUGUCCUGAUAGAAAACAAACGAGAUUACUCCACAGAACUGAGUGUCACCAUUGCAGUUGGGGCAUCCUUGUUAUUCCUCAACAUUUUAGCUUUUGCUGCAUUGUAUUACAAGAAAGACAAGCGACGUCACGAGACACACAGGCGCCCCAGCCCUCAGAGGAACACAACCAAUGAUAUAGCGCACAUACAAAAUGAAGAGAUUAUGUCAUUGCAGAUGAAACAGCUAGAGCAUGACCACGAGUGUGAAUCGCUGCAGGCACAUGAUACCCUGAGACUAACCUGCCCACCUGACUACACUCUUACUUUGAGGAGGUCCCCAGAUGACAUUCCACUAAUGACACCCAACACCAUAACCAUGAUUCCAAAUACAUUAACAGGAAUGCAACCUUUGCAUACUUUCAACACCUUCAGUGGAGGACAAAACAGUACUAAUUUACCCCAUGGACAUUCCACUACUAGGGUAUAGCUCUGCCAUUUCCCCCUCUUACCCCACAAGCCACUUGGAAGAAAAAGAAGAAGUAGAUAAAAGAGCAUUCACCAUUGAACAACUUGUUAAAAACAAUGACAAAAAGUAAACGUGAAGGGCAGUCGUUAUUUUCUUACUGAUCCUGCCCAUAGAAACUCUCUGAUAUUAAAGAUCAGCUUCAAACCCUGUGAAAUGUGAAACAUGUACAUUGCUGUUAUGAUACUGCUUUAAGAUCUCAGCCGCUUUGAUUGAAAGUUGAUGCCAGAAGAAAUCACUUGAAAGGAUGUUUUGAGAGUAACAAACAAGCAGAAUCUUCUGGAACACAGAGCCAGUGACUGUACAGUUUUUUUAAUAUAUGAAAUUAAAAAAAAACACCAGUUCUUUAUGUGCCAUACCAUGAAGGGCCCUUGUUAAAACAAAAGACAUCACCGUGGGCUUUUAUCCAGCAUAAGAAGCUGUAACCAGAAGGGGGAAAUAGGAUUUUAUUAUUAAAAAAAAGAGGACUAUGCAGUAAAAUACGUAUAGUUCUGUGCAAAGAGAUGACUUGCCGGCCUGAACUAUAUUUAAAGAAACUUUGUAAAAAGUGUACAUAGCUGUGAGUUUAAAAAAAAAAAAGCUUUUAUUGACGUUUUCAGUUUGAAAAGAACUUUUAGAAAUUGUGCUUUCAGUUGUGACCUAUGUGUAUAUACAUUAGUCAUAUCACCUCUGUUUCCUCCAGACCAAAAGGAGGAUUUUCUUCUUAAUUACUAGUGGUGAAAAAAGACAUGAGGUUUUUCUAACAUGUUUCAUUUAUAGGAGGACAUGGUGUCAUACACAGAAUACAGUUGUCUGUGUGACCUGCGUAUUUUCCCUUAAGGGUUGCAAAAGUGCAUGUUAAAGCAUUCUUAGGAGACAGUUGUUUUUUAGAUUUUUUUUCUUUUCCUUUCCUUUUAUUUUUGUGUUAGCCUUCAUUAAAUUGCAACACAGAGAUGGAUUAGAAAAUGGAAAUCAUGAUUAUUGUUUUAAGCUUGUUCAAUUGAGCAAAGAAACAACAAUACAAUGAGUCCAGUUUCGUAGUUCUUGGUUAUUUUAAUACAUUAGGAGGACUUGCUUCACAAUCUAGUGCCCUGACAAACGCGAAGAAAACCUGCCUCUUGGUCAGUUGUUUAUGAGGAAAACUAGCUCAAUAUUCACCAGCAGCUGCAGAAGAGUUUUUGCUGAGGAAGCACCCACUCAGCUUUGCCAAACAGAGUCAAAAUGAAAUUGGACAGAGGAAAGGGGGUGGGGGUGGUUUGUUUGGGUUUUUAGAAGUGGAACGGUCAUGACUGAUCUGUAUGAAAAGAGCUUUUUCACCCAGUAUCCCGUUAUUAUGAUCAAGAGUGCACCUGUCUGAAAACUCUAAUUUUGCUAGUUAAUUAUAUAGCAGUGACACAACCAAUCAAUAUUACUGAGAGCUAAAAAGAGAGGUAGCUAAAUGUGCUCUGUGUGAAUUUAUAUGAAAAUUCUGGACAGCUUCAUUGUCAGUAAAAGGUUAAAUUAUUAUUUUCCCCUGCUCGCCCUUAACUGGGGAAAUAAGGGCAAAACAGCGCCAUCGCACAAGGGGCUCAGCAGUUUCAUUUAAACAGCUGAUUCAAGUGUGAAAAGCUAGACAUGAGUUAUUAACAGAUGAAGGUUGUUUAUAUUUUGUCUUUAGAAAGUGACUGCAUCAUCAAGAGAUAGUAACCAAAGAUAUUUGAACAAAGUUGCUCUGCACUUGAACAUGAUUAUCCCAGAUGUAUUUUGCAUUUUUAUUUCAGUGCCAAAUUGGGCACGGCACCGUCAUAUUGUCUGUCCCAUACAGAACCUAACACAAGAUGCCUUCUACUUUGGAAUAGCCAGCCCAUGAAAUGAUAUUGUAGACAAUGAUAACAAAAUCUGUGGGCACUGCACAACUCCUUGCUGUGUGUGCAUGGCAGAGAAGUGGGUUCUGAGAGAAAUGAAAAGAGAUUUAAUACAGUGAAAAUGCACCAUAUGACCAAUCAUGUUUUAUACAUAAGACAGAUAUGUUAUACAGAUUAGAAAGUGUUGAAGCAACAGUCCCAACCUGCAUCUAGUAGCAAAUGGAAAAAUUUCUUCUUCACUGAUCCAUCCCAUAAUGUUUAUUAAAGCUGACUCUUUACCAGGCCAUUUCUACAACUUAUGUAUUGCCUCAGCUGAGAUGCAGUAGUUCAUGACCCUAAAAAAAGGCAGUGAUGCUUGGCAUCAUAACCAGUUGGAUAUAUUUGUAAUGUGAAUUACAGUAUUUGUUGAGUACUUCCAAUUGUCUUCUGCUAGCAAUAUGUACAGUAAUGUGUCAGGCUUGUGACAUUUGGGUAAAAAAGUUCCUGUUAGUGAAUGGUUUUAGCUUUUAAAAAUAAUUAUGAUCAAGUCAAUUUAAUAAUUUAAUACAUCUGAAUUGAGGUACGAUUUAUAAAUGGAAAAGAUUUAUAGGAUCUUCAUAGAAUUCUAUAAUAAUGAUAACAAAAUAUACUUGGCAAAGAAAAGAAAACAAGAACUUUCCCAGGCUUAUAGUCUUGACCUUAAGAGGCACGCAGGGUUUAAUGGUUUCUUUUGUUAUUGUUUUGCAAUUUUUUGUUUUUGCCUUAAGUAAUGAUAGAAGAUAUAUAUGGCUGGACACAUAUGUAUAAACUUUUCAGCAGCAUUUUUAAUAAUAAAAUAUCACAGUAUUUUCUAA